GCCCACCCGCACCUAAAGUAGGUGUCCAUGGGCGUCAUAGCUACGAGCGACAUUUCUCAAAACUCCAACAAUUUCCCUAGUCUAUCUUGGUCGGGUUCUUUUUCCUCCCAAACAACUGACUAAAGAAGACGACGCCUCCCAGAGGCUUGUUCUUGGGUCGACAACAUGGCGAAAAAUCUGCGGCGCCGAAAUGUUCAGGGUCAAGAUGAAGAUACGAAAACGAACGAGAGCGACGAUGCUUCGAGGGAGGAAAGUUCAGCGACCGACCCGACAACGCACGUUCGUGUUGUCGAGCACGCCGUUCCAAAGACCCGGAAGCGGCGCAAUACCUUCAUUUUCUUUCUUGGUAGUUUGUUUGGAAUAAUCGCCGCCGGGUUUUUCGCUUCCAGCAAUGAUCUUAUCGACCUUCCCGAGUUCACCGACUUGUCCAUGGACAACCUAUUAGAUGCUCUGCCAGCUGGAUUGGUCAGGGACAUACGCGAUCUAAUCCAAGGCGAGCGCGACUUUGCAGAAUCAUAUGAGCCUUUCUCUGUCGGAACCAAAGCACGAGCUGAAGGUCUUGAAGCAUACCAUCCCAUGAUUAUGAUACCAGGCGUUAUUUCGACUGGACUCGAGUCUUGGGGAACCGCCAAUAUCUCAAAGGCUUACUUCAGGAAGCGACUUUGGGGAAGUUGGACCAUGAUGAAAGCCUUGGUCAUGGACAAGGAGGUCUGGAAGAAGCAUGUGAUGCUCGAUAAGAGGACGGGACUUGAUCCGCCAAACGUGAAACUAAGAGCUGCCCAGGGCUUCGAUGCCACCGAUUUCUUCAUCACAGGUUAUUGGAUUUGGAGCAAGAUCUUUGAGAAUCUUGCUUCGGUUGGCUACGACCCGACAAACUCCUUCACAGCUGCUUAUGAUUGGCGCUUGUCCUACCCUAACCUCGAGGUGCGAGACCGAUAUUUCACCCGACUCAAAUCACACAUUGAAGUUGCGCUGGAGGUGGACAACAGAAAAGUUGUCUUAGCAUCGCACAGCAUGGGCAGCCAGGUCUUGUUCUACUUUUUCCACUGGGUGCAAUCAGAGAGGGGCGGCCGCGGUGGUCAGGACUGGGUUGAGCGACAUGUUGAGGCUUGGAUCAACAUUAGCGGAUGCAUGCUCGGGGCAGUCAAAGAUUUGACUGCUGUACUGUCGGGUGAGAUGCGCGAUACAGCUCAGUUGAACCCCUUUGCGAUCUACGGCCUGGAAAAGUUUCUGAGCAAGGAAGAAAGGGCUGAAAUUUUCCGUGGCAUGCCCGGUAUAUCAUCUAUGCUACCCAUUGGUGGCAACGCCGUCUGGGGCAAUCUGACAUGGGCCCCAGAUGACUUGCCAGGUCAGAAUCGUUCGUACGGAUCUUUGUUGAACUUCAGAGUCGGGUCGAACUGGACAACCCCUGAUCGUAACUUCACUGUUGAGGAGGGCUUGUCCUACUUACUCAAUACGACUGAGGAUUGGUACCAGGAUCAGCUCAAGGGCAGUUAUUCUCGUGGCAUUGCCCACACUAUCGCCGAAGUCGAAGCCAAUGAGUUGGACCCCAAGAAAUGGAUCAACCCUCUUGAGACCCGACUACCACUUGCACCUAGCCUCAAAAUUUACUGCUUCUAUGGCGUCGGGAAGCCUACAGAGCGAGGAUACUAUUACAGGUCCCCUGACCAGCCUCUGAUGACGAAUCUCAACAUCACCAUGGAUACGGGCUUUACCGAAGGAGACGUCGAUCACGGCGUUAUCAUGGGUGAGGGCGACGGGACUGUGAAUCUCCUCAGCACCGGUUACAUGUGCAAUCAUGGCUGGAACAUGAAACGCUACAAUCCAGCAGGUGUCAAGGUCACAGUCGUUGAAAUGCCCCACGAGCCAGAACGUUUCAACCCUCGAGGAGGACCUCGUACAGCUGACCACGUCGAUAUUUUGGGGCGAUACAACCUGAACGAGCUGCUACUGCGGGUGGCUGGUGGAAAAGGUGACACGAUUACGAACUAUGUUGUCAGCAAUAUUAAAGAAUAUGCAUCUAGAGUCAAGAUUUAUGAUGAUCACCACGAAGAGAACGAGGAGGAAAAGAGGAAGUCAUAGAUUGAGUGCCUCACAGCGUUUUUGGUUGCGGCCUGGGUGGUGUUGAGGUAUUUGGUAAUGACUCUGCUGUUUUUGGCAGCGGUUGUUGUCUGGCGCUUGGGAGCAUUCACCUUGUAUGUUUUGCUUUGGCUUGGUAUCCUCAAACCCUGAUGCCAAAUAGGGAGAUCAAAGAGGGUCGCUUAAUUUGUAUUAACUCUGAAAAUAGCGAAAGUUUAA